GCGGCCCAUGGUACUUCCGGCAACAGCCCCGGGCCCGGGCCGAGCGCCGGGCGGGGAGCGGCGGGGACGGAGGGAGCGGCGGCGGGAGAGAAACCAUGCCAUUUUUGGGCCAAGACUGGAGAUCCCCUGGAUGGAGAUGGGUUAAAACAGAAGAUGGAUGGAAAAGAUGUGAAACCUUUAGUCAUGCACUUGAGGAUGGGAAUAAUCAGCUGAAUGAUAUCAGCCACACUGUUAUCAUAACUGGAGAUGAUGAGAAUGAAGAAGUGUACAAUACUGAAGACUGUGAGUUUGCAGCCAAGAAAAGGAAAAAAGAUCAUUUUAGGAAUAACACAGAUUCACAAUGUUUUUAUCGUGAAAAGUGGAUUUAUGUUCAUAAGGAAAGCACCAAGGAAAGACAUGGCUAUUGCACCUUGGGGGAAGCCUUUAACCGCUUAGACUUUUCAAGUGCGAUUCAGGACAUUAGGAGGUUCAAUUACGUGGUCAAACUGUUGCAGUUAAUUGCAAAAUCCCAGUUAACUUCACUGAGUGGUGCAGCACAGAAGAACUACUUUAACAUUUUGGACAAAAUUGUGCAGAAGGUUAUGGAAGACCAAUAUAAUCCACGAUUGAUCAAAGAUCUUCUACAGGAUCUGAGUUCUACUCUCUGUAUACUGAUUAGGGGAGUAGGAAAAUCUGUGUUGGUAGGCAACAUCAACAUUUGGAUUUGCCGAUUAGAAACUAUCCUUCUGUGGCAACAACAAUUAAAAAAUCUUCAGAUGAACAAGCAAGUCAACAAUGGACUCACACUUAGCGAUCUCCCUCUCCAUAUGCUGAAUAACAUCUUAUACAGGUUCUCUGAUGGCUGGGACAUUAUUACUUUGGGUCAAGUGACCCCAACUUUGUACAUGCUUAGUGAAGACAGACAGUUGUGGAAAAAACUCUGCCAGUACCAUUUUGCAGAAAAGCAGUUUUGUAGGCAUUUGAUUCCAUCAGAGAAAGGUCACAUUGACUGGAAGCUGAUGUACUUUGCACUUCAGAAAUAUUACCCAAUAAAGGAGCAGUACGGGGACACCUUGCAUUUCUGUCGACACUGUAGUAUUCUGUUUUGGAAGGUGUUGGCUGUGGUGAAAGUAAUGGUCAGGUGUGGAUCCAAGGACCUCCAUUCUUGUUCCUGUUCAUUCUGAGCAUUGCUGCAAGCCUUGCUUUCCCAGCCAAGUACUGCUGCAGCCACUGGAUUUGUUCAGGACCCAGCAGCCCUUCUUUAACAUCAAUUUGUACCCCAUUUAUUUAAUUCCUGUAACAGCUCAGAUGCUUUCCUGUCUGUGACCUCAGUAACCCUGACAAUGGCUGGUGGUGGCUGACAUCCACUAAUCACUCCUUUAAGAUUUGCUACCCCGCAUAAAACUUGCUGUAAGUAUGUGGAUGCUUUCUCUGAGAGCUUGAAGGAAAGGUUUUAAAGCUAGUGGAUUGAUGCUGCUGUGAGCUCUUCCCCCUCGUGCUGAGGGACUGUGCAGAAGCACCCCUCCUGCAGACAGAGGGCAAAGCUCUUACACUGUGACCUGAGAGAUACCCAGCACUCAAAAGACAAAUAAGGUGGCAGCUGGGUGAAAGGUAUUAAGAGACCUGAGAGGAAACCUCUCUCCUAGCCAUUUAACUGAGGAGGGAGAGAAAUGACUUUAAGGUCUUAUAAGCCAUUUUAAGACAGGUUUGGAAAAAGUCAGUGUCUGUAAUAAUUUUCAUGUUCAACUUGGUGCCCACCAGGACCCCAAGGCCCCAAAGGCAGUAUUGUGGCUUUUUAAACAUUUCUUCUGGCUAAGAGAUAUGCACAGAAGUGCUGAGAAGCAUUUCAGUUCAAGUUUAUUUAAGAAAUCUUAAACUCUGAGUGUGGAAUCACAUUGUCAUGAGUGGUGUUGCAAGCUUUUAACACUGGCAAAACUGAGUUUUGGAAACAGUUCCACAACUCAUUAAAUAUUUAGUGAAUGUGUUGCUUAGACUUAAGGCAAAUAAGAGCUUGAUUAAGAGUGACUGUGUGAUGUGAGGUCAUUGGAUACAUGAGAAGAUAACUUUCAAUUGUGUUACUUAAGCAAAAAAGCUAAGGCAGUGAUUUUGAUGAUAGGGUUGGUGGUGGUUGAGUUUUUGUGUCGGUCUGUUGAGUUUUUUAAUUUAAAUCACAUAAAAAAUGGGGAAAUGAUUUCACCUUCAGGACAAUAAUCUUUAAUACCUCUCCUGAAGCACAGAAAAUAUUUUGACAGCCUGAAUUCAUCAUCUUUUCCUUUACUCCAGCACUUUCUCAUGUAACCUAAAGCACUGUGACCAUGAGAAAUGUUAUGACUUAACGUGAAACCUCUGCUCUUUGGCCUCCUGUGUGCUGCUGUCCUAGGAGGAAGAGCAGGCACUCUCCCCUUCAGCAGAAAGGUGCCUUGAAAUGUGUUCUAAAUAUCUGAAGCAGAGGUUCCUUUUUCUUUGGGGACAGCUUUUGUCCCCAAACCUGGAUCUCCUUAUGGACAGCUUCUGCAGUGGCAGUGCUAGGAAAUCAUGUUUUAACUGUGGCACCUCCAUGAUCACUUCCCAAUCCUGGGUGAUUUGGCUUUUAGUGAAUUCUAGUCCUGAGAAUAGCAGUUCAAAGGCAAUCAGGAUAUUCACUGCCAUAUUCCACAAGGAGCUUGAAAUUACAAUUUUGAAAAACAAGGUCUCCCCACUCCCCAGUCACUGCUUCCCAAACCUGUCUCUGAGAGACUCCUGCCCUUUUUUAUUACUUUCUCUCCCAACAGUUUUGUUCACCUAUUUCUGGGAAAAGACAUUCUGCCACGGACCUUUUCUAAGAGCACUUUGUGAGCCUUUUUCCUUGGAGUUUCCUUGGAGUCAGAAAGCACUGAGGCUCUUGCCUGGAAAAAACAAAGGAGUUGGACCUUGCUCUUUCUUUCCCCCUGUUCCCCUUCCUGAGAAAUGCAUUAAGUUGCUUUAGGAGAAGGAAGAAGCUGAACUCCAGAAAAACACCAAGCUCAAACCAAGAGUUCUCUACUAGCACUAGCAUUAAAAGACCAGUGGCCUUUCUGCAGUCUAGAAGGCAGAAGCAAUGAUGGCUAGCAGGAAGGAGAGGGUAGGAUGGGGAACAGUAGCACAACGUUUUGGAUUUUAUGGUGCACAAAUUAGCAUAUUUAAAACUCCAUCAUUGGCAAAGAACUUAGAGGAAGGCUAGACCCUUAAUAUCCAACUAAAGUUCCUUGAAUUGGCAGAUAGUUAGGUACCUGCAAUAAAUAAAUCAAUAUCAAAUAUUUGGAGACCAUUAUUAAAUUAGAGUUCAGAAUAUUGAAAUAUUAGCUAAUUAUGCUAUUUUCUUGCAGUGUUUUUAUAUGUUCAUCUGCAAGGCUCAGGUCCAAACCCUCAAAGACACUGGAACAUAAUUCCCAGCAAAAAAUUCCUACCAAGUUCAGUAGGAUGAGGGUUACCUUUAAUGCUUAAAAUGUCUCUGUUGAAGGACAUGACAGAUAAGUGGAUCAGGACACGAGAGGUGAGAGUAAGGUUGGGUUUCAUUCUUUUGAUUCCUGUGGACCAUCCUCUGUGCCACACACAGACCUGUCCAUCUACCUGUCACACAUGCUGGUAAUGCUUAUUUCCUGCAGGUUUA